AUGUACAACGUUUCCAAUAUCUUUCUAGCACCGAUCUCAUUCUCUCUCUUGCUGAUCAAAAGACUUUUGGUAUUGCCUGAUGGUACUUUUAUCAAGACAACAUCAUUAGCCAAGUCCGCUCGUGCAAUGCGCGGCCGUGUUUCCGCGCUGGCUUUGUCUGUUGUAGACGGAAGUCGGAGGCUUGAAGAAAAUUGCAUGAUAGGGUCGUUUGAUGUAACUGCGCUUCAUACGAACGAGAACAACAAUGAAGCUCUUCAUGCAAUUUCCGAAGUAAUGGACGAGCAUGAGACGGAGCUAUAA